AAUAUCAAGAUGUCAGUGGAAGGCUCGGAGAGCGCGCCUGUGGUCAACAAAAACAAGAGGCAUAGGAAGGAGAAGCCUUGGGAUACCGAUGACAUUGACCAUUCCUGGAAGAUCGACCAGUUCAAGCCCGAGGACAACAAAGCCGGACCGUUCACGGAAGAAUCUUCAUUCGCGACCCUCUUCCCCAAAUACCGCGAAAAGUACUUGCGCGAAGUAUGGAGCGCCGUAACCCAAGCCCUUGACACACAUGGCAUCUCUUGCACGCUUGACCUGAUCCAUGGUUCUAUGUCGGUCCGGACAACACGCAAAACGUACGACCCCUACAUCAUCCUCAAGGCGCGCGACAUGAUCAAGCUGCUUGCACGAGGUGUCGCGAUCGGGCAGGCGGUCAAAAUCAUGAGCGACGACAUUGCGUGUGACAUCAUCAAGAUUGGGAAUGUUGUGCGGAAUAAGGAGCGGUUCAUCAAGCGGCGGCAGAGAAUCAUUGGGCCGGACGGCAGCACGCUGAAGGCUAUCGAAUUGCUCACGCAGUGUUACGUCCUUGUACAAGGAAACACUGUCAGCGUCAUGGGUCCGUACAAGGGGCUUAAGGAGGUACGGCGGAUCGUGCUCGACUGCAUGAAGAAUAUCCACCCCAUAUACCGGAUCAAGGAGCUCAUGAUCAAGCGUGAGCUGGCAAAGGACCCGCAACUCGCGACGGAGUCGUGGGAUCGCUUCUUGCCCAAGUUCCGCAAGCGUCACCUCAAGACUUCCGAGAAAACCGCGAAGAAGAACGAGCGGAUACAAGAAAAGGACGAGUCGCGGAAAGCUGCGGGCUUGCCGACAGUCGAAGAGGCCAAGAAAGAAAAGAAGGAGAAGAAGGUGUACACGCCUUUCCCGCCACCUCAGCAGCCUCGGAAGGUCGAUCUCCAGCUGGAGUCCGGAGAAUACUUCCUCAAAGCACACGAGAAGGAGGCUCGCGAAAACCGGAAGAGGAAAGAGAAGCAAGAGGAAGUUACUGCCGAGCGACGCGCCAAGCGCGCAGAGGUGUUUGUUGCACCAGAGGAAGAGGCCGCACCGACAAUUGACGAGAAGCGCAAGCGCAAGCGCGACCGUACACAAGAGCAGUCUGUCGACCAGGAUACCGAGGGACAUGACGAGAAGUCCAAGAAGAAGAAAAAGAAGAAGCGGGCGGACGACGAGGAUUCAUGAGGACUGCCGCACUUAAUGGUUGCUUCUCUCAUCUCCUGCACCAUCUUUCACUCUUCUCGCAUGUCGUAUCUUUUGUACAUCUAUCCGCUAGCUAUUUUAC